AGUAGCGACACAGCAGAGUAGACAGUGGAAGCAUGGCAACAUGACACUCGUAAGUGUUUUCACUCAAGAGGCAAAAGCAGAAGAGUGUUCAGUCUGCCUGUGUUGGUGGUGGUGAAGAGGCCCUACACGUCCCAAAUAAACAUACAGCAUCUCUCCUAAUUGCUGCAAGGAUGGACCGCUGGGCAGGUCGCGUGGCCCUUGUGACGGGUGCCGCUUCGGGCAUUGGUGCCAGCAUGUCACGCAGGCUGGUGGCUGAAGGCAUGCGGGUGGUAGGCGCCGACCGGAACGUGGACAGAGUGCAGGCCAUGGCGGACGAGCUGAAGGGUCAGCCUGGGUCACUGCUCCCUAUUGAGUGUGACCUCACCAAGGACGACCAGGUGCUGGCCAUGUUCGCGCGCAUCAAGAGGGAGUUCGGCGGCGUCGACGUGUGCAUCAACAACGCGGGCAGGGCUCUGCUCAGCCCUCUGGCUGAGGGCACCCCCGACCAGUGGCGGAAGAUGCUGGACCUCAACGUGGUGGCGCUGUGUCUGUGCACGCGCGAGGCACUGGCGUCAAUGAAGGAACGCGGCGUUGACGACGGCCACAUCAUUCACAUCAACAGCAUGGGCGGUCAUCGCAUCUCAACGUUGUAUGGAAACGGAUUCUACACAGGCACAAAGCACAUGGUGACCGCUCUCACCGAGGCGCUGCGGCAGGAGCUGAGACAGACCAACUCCAACAUCAGGAUAUCAGCCAUCAGCCCUAGCCUGGUGAAGACUGAGUUUGUAGUGAACGCCGGUCUGAGUGAGGAAGCAGCUGGCCUCGUGUACCAGCAGCAACCAAGCUUGCAGGCAGACGACGUCACCGAAGCGCUAAUUCAUGUGUUGUCCGCACCGCCACAUGUGCAGGUCCAUGACGUGUUGAUGCGACACACCAUGUUUAAGUAGAUUGAACUGUGGCACGCUGGCUUACUGGUUUAUUCAUUCACAAGGAAAAUCUUUAUGAGUUAAGUUUCAAGAUAUAAAUUUCAAGAGUGAGGCGUCAAAAGAAAGGUUUUGAAGAAGGAGUUACAGUUACAGGCAAGAAGUUCCAUGAGAAAGGUUUCACAAGAAGGCUUCAAGACAGUCUCGUAAUGUUGGAUACUCUCUCUGACUACUAUUCUGUCGCGGCACUGGCAUCUUUAGUAGGACUUUGUUUUACCCACCGGCUACGUUCUUGUUGCCCUUGGCCAGACCUCCUCUUAAAACUAAUAAACGUCUAUAUAAGUAAAAAAUACCACAGACAUGAACAUCAAUUAUGAUAUUUACGACAACUUUUCCUGAAGUCGUUAACACAUACAAGACUUUAUUGUGCGUGGCCGAAACUCAUGUACUUUCUCUAAGGCAGUUUCCAGACUGUGUAUAAGUGUCAGCCCAAUUAAAACACAACAAACCA